ACCCCCUGGAGUGCAAAGCAAUUGAAAUUUGUCAAAGUUAGCAAACUGGUGUGCCACACUAACAAUGAACAAAGCUGUUUCCUCCGAUUUCAGAAAAGGUGAAGAAUUUGGGUUUGUUCUUUGAAUUCAACUGAGCUUCAAAAUAUGUUAUGUCUUCAAAUUUGUUCAAAACCACAUCAAUAAUUGUGGCAGCUGUAAGAGCAGGACAAAUAGUGUCUGCUCGCAAGAUGUUCGACGAAAUGCCCAUUAGAGAUACAGUUGCUUGGAAUGCGAUGCUCACAUCUUAUUCUCAUCUGGGUAUUUACCCAGAAGUGUUUUCGCUGUUUCGGAAGAUGAGAAUUGCUAAUACAAAGCCUGAUCAUUUCACAUUUACUGCUACUCUAAGUGCUUGUUCUGGUGCAGGAGAUGUGAAAUAUGGUUCUGCAAUUCAUGGUUUAGUAGUUAUUUCUGGGUGUCAGAAUUCACUUCCUGUUGGUAAUUCUCUUAUUGAUAUGUAUGGAAAAUGUAUGAUUCCUUACAGUUCUGAGAAAGUGUUCGAGGAGAUGCAACUGCGGAAUGUAGUAUCAUGGUGCUCACUUCUGUUUUCCUAUACAAAUGCUGGUCAUUUAGGUGUUGCUGCAGAAGUAUUCAGCCGUAUGCCGGAAAGGGUUGAAAUAUCUUGGAACAUAAUGAUUGCAGGUCAUGCGCGGCAUGGAGACUGUGAGUCGUGUUUGAAUUUGUUUAGACAAAUGAGAGAAAAUGGCGGUUGUCCUGAUCAAUGGACUUUGAGUGCCCUCGUAAACUCGUGUGUUGGAAGGGAGGAAACCAAAUUUGGACGCAUGAUCCAUGCUUUUGUGACUAAAAGCGGAUGGUAUACUUCUGUUGAAGUGCAAAACUCAAUUUUAACCUUUUAUACUGAGUCAGAAUCUCGCGAUGAUGUUAGCAAGGCCCUUCAGUCCAUGGACUGCUGGAAUCAGGUUUCCUGGAAUUCUGUCAUUGAUGCUCAUAUGAAAAUGGGGAAUACCCAUGAUGCAUGGAUUCUGUUUCAGCAUAUGCCAGAAAAGAAUGUUGUUUCCUGGACAUCGAUGGUUGCUGGAUAUGCUAGAAAUGGACAGGAAUCAGAAGCUAUUUGGCUGUUUGUUCAUAUGAUGAGAGAUUCUGUUAAACCUGACGAGUUAGCGUUUGGUGCAUUCUUCCUUGCAUGUUCUGGUUUGGCUUUACUUGGGCAUGGUUUGAUGAUACAUGGAUGCUUGAUACGGCAUGGUUUCCGUGCCUCUGUAUAUGUAGGGAAUGGUUUGGUUAAUAUGUAUGCUAAAUGUGGAGACUUACCAGGAGCAAGUAGAGCAUUUGGUGAUGUCGUCAGCAAAGAUUUAGUGUCAUGGAACACAAUGUUGUUUGCAUAUGGGUUGCAUGGACGGGCCAACCAAGCCCUGCAGCUUUAUGAAGAAAUGUUGGCACAAGGGAAUAGACCAGAUGUUGUGACAUUCAUUGGUUUACUAAUGACUUGCAGCCACGCUGGUCUUGUUGAGGAUGCUCAAUUUUUUCUGGAUUCUAUGUCAUCAGUUUAUGGCCUAUCUCAUGAAAUGCAUCAUGUAGCAUGUAUAUUGGAUUUGCUUGGGCGUGGAGGAUUUUUAAAAGAAGCCAGAUCAUUAGCUAAGGGAGUAAAAGCUUUCAAGGGAAAGUCAUCUGAAACAAUGCUUGGAGCAUGUUCCAUAAACUUAGACGUACCAUUAGCAAAAGAAAUUGGGGAUGAUUUGAUUAUAAUAGAGCCUCUUGAUGAGAUGAGUUAUGUUUUGAUGUCAAAUUUCUAUUGUGCUAGUGGGCAGUGGAAAAAAGCUGAGACGGUAAGGAAGAUUAUGGCUGAUCAAGGAGUAAAGAAAACGCCUGGAUGUAGUUGGAUUGAGUUAAAAAAUGAAUCGAUAAGUUUUGUUUCAGGAGAUUUUUCACACCCAUACAUGGGCAAGAUGUGUAAGAUACUAAGCAAUCUUGAACUUGAAUUGAGAUAUCCAUGCAUUUUGAAUUGCAACAGUUAAAAUUUUU